CUGUAGGAGGAGCUAUGAGUUGAGAUGGUUAUACAUUCAAAACAAACCUUGCAUUUGGUUGUUUAGAUUUAUUAUAUCCCUGAAACAUGCAUUAAACGUUGACAAUCUGGGAAUAUUGGCGCGUCUCUCUAAAUCAUGAAAACUGCCAAAUGUGCUGCUUAAUGCAAUAGCAGAGUUUAAGAUGGCGAGCUCAAAACGUGUCAUCCAAAUCUCGGGCAUUAAAAACCGAACCCAGAAGCAGAAAGUAGUCGAAGGGAUUCGGAGCCUUGGUGGAAAAUAUAUUGGCGGUUCUGUCUAUCAGCAAGACAUCACACAUCUUAUAGUCUCUGGAUUUUCGCAAAGUGAGAAGUUUUUGGCAGCUUGUGCAGCAGGAAAAUGGGUGUUGACUCAAACGUACGUGUUUGACAGUGUCCAAAGGGGCUCCUGGCUGCCCGAGGAACCAUACGAGGUGGCCUUGUCCCAGAGCACCCAGCCAGCCCACAACCCCGUCAGGCAGUGGAGGAAGAGGGUGGCCGAUGGGAGCCUUCCAGGGGCCUUCCACGGCUGGACGGUUCUCCUGGUAGUAGCUGACCCGCUGAGUAGAGCCAUCUUCAAAAGGCUCCUAAAAGCAGGAAAAGCUGAAGUAUACCUAUCAACGCCUCCUCCUCCUCAUGCCGCUAUUACUCAUGUCCUGGCAAAGCCCCUACCCAAGGACCUCCAGGGCCAGAUAGCCCCCUGCUAUCCGGUCAUACAUGUGGUUCAUCAUCUUUUCGGGGGCCAUUUUGUUGAUUUGCAAGGUACUUUUGAAGCUAACGAGGAAUCGCCAGCAGAAGCUGAGCCAGCUUCAAUUGAGUUUUGUCAGUUGGAGAAAGAACUCAAGGAGUACAUUAUCAAACGAGAGGAACAGCCCAGACUCUUGUUCCCGGAGUUCCAGAGCUACCAUGAGCCAUACAGUCUAAACUCAAAGGCGGUGGAGGCGGACUUCAGCAACGUGGGCUCUAUGAUUGAGAGCGGCCUCUUCUCUGAAGCCUUGGACUCAAUUAGGGACACUCUAUCGCCUGGGCUGCUGCCGCCUGCAGUCUUCCUCGUCUCUCUGUUGGAGCAUGCGCUGCAGGGAAAUGCUUCUGCCGUCUACCUCCGGAAUCUGCAGCAGGUACUACACGGCCUGCUGUUGAACAACCCCUCCUGGCUGUUUCCUCAUACUGUGAAGAAAUAUUUUUCUGAGCUGCUGCAGUGUCCUCAGUGCAAGAGAGGCCUCUGGCCUUUCAUAGAGACCAUUAUAAGCUCCCGUAUGUCUAGUGAUGCUGCAUGCCAUCCCCUCCCGGGACCCGCCUCGCCGUCUCUACUGUGUCUCCACGGCAACCUGCUGGAGUUGGUGCUGAAGUUGUUCCGGGGCGAGCUCCACUCAGUCACAGCACGGGACUCUGGCCUUCUGAAAGAAGCUGGGGUCUCUCGACUGCCUGCCUCUGGCUCUCUGCUGUAUGAGACCUUCUGGACUGUGUGGGAGCGCUCCACGCUGCUGUCCACGGCCGUGAAGCAGCUCGUUAAGCUUCUGGUGCAGGUCCUGAUCUGGGAGAAGGAAGACGAGGACGAGGCAGAGAGGGAGGCCCGGCAGGAGCUCCGGAUGGGGGAGACCCUGCUGGACAUGCUUGCCGCCAUGGUGGAGUUCUGGUGCCAGCAGCACCUCAAACUGAACCAGACCCUGGUGGAGAUGGGCCUGAAGGACCUGGGAGAGCACUUGGCGGUCAGCGCUAGCAGCCAGGAUAUACCGCUGUGUCUUCUGGUGGAGCUGGUUGCCAGGAUACCCUCCAGCAGGUUGAGGUUGGUGACGGCCGACGCCGUCUUCAGGAACCUGUGCUGCCGGAACGGGGUCACUGUCAGCGAGGAGCCCCUGUCGCUGAAGAAGAUGGUGUCAUCCUACCUGCCUGCCUUGGAGAGGUUGGUGGAGGGUCCCAGGUGGGCCGACAACAGGGGGCCCUGCCCUGCGCCUGAACCCGUCUCUCACAGCUGGACCAGCCCGCAGAGGUACGGUGGGAUACAGAGCAGCUCUAUAAAUGAAACAAGCCCGGGGAAGGAGUUCAUCCCCAAAGGUCUUAACAGAGUCAACGCAGCAGGCGAGACGUGUCUGCACCGAGCGUGCAAGAGGAACCAAGUGGAGACGGUCCGACACAUCCUGUCGCUCCCCGGAGUGGACGUCAACGUUAAAGACCACGUCGGCUGGACGCCGCUGCACGAGGCGUGUAACCACGGCUCUAAGGCGUCUGUGGAGGCCCUGCUGGCCCACCGCCCCGCCCCUCACCUGGAGACCACCGUGGACGGCAUCAGCCCCCUGAAGGACGCGCUGGUCAACGGACACCUGGACAUCGCCAAGCUGCUGCUGGAGCACGCAGGGUCGGCCCUGCUCCGGCACAUGGACGGCGACAGGACCCCCUACUCGGACCCCCCCCUCACCCCCGCCGAGUGGGCGGAGAUCCUGCUGAGCGCGCGGGCGGGCGACGCAGCCCUGAUGCUGCAGCCGGCGGCCGAGGGCCGGUACCUCCCCCUGCUGGAGGCGGGCUCCAGCCUGCUCACCCACCUGCUGGUCUCCUACCUGGGGGAGACGGGGCUGCCCGGCUGCACGCGGCCCGGCCACGCCCUGGCCCGGGCCGUGGAGGGGCACCCCCUGCGGGCGGUGACGGGCGGCUGGACGGACCGGCGUGCGGUGCGGCUGGCGGAGGACGCGGCCACGCUGGCCGCGCUGCGGGGCGGCGGGGCGGGGCUGGAGCGCGUGUCCCCGCUGAUCAGGGAGUGCCAGGGGGAGAACACCUCCCUCCUCAUGGAGGUCCUGGGGCAGCUGGAGACACAGGGCCGCUCCCCGGGGCUCCGGCUCUACCACGGGGUUUGCUAGCUGUACCACGGGGUCUGCUAGCUGUACCACGGGAUCCGUUAGCUGUACCACGGGGUUGGCUAGCUGUGCCACGGGGUUGGCUAGCGCCGCCAGGGGGACGAUUAGCAUAAAUAAAAAUAUAUACCAAAAAUAGA